AUGCGAGAGUUACCGUUGCUAGACGAUCCGCUUGAGCCAUUGCUUGAUGAAAAGCCGUUCAAACUCAUCGAAGACUCGAUGUCGGAGGGAAUAUCCGAAUCACUAACAUGGCUAGAAUCCGAGGCGAGCAGACAGACCGGAAGUAGGGCUCGUUGUGCUCGCAGCAUUCGGCGUCGACGACCGGUAAGUUCCGGGUCAAAAGGCGUUCCCGACGCACCGGGGUGUGUGUAUGCAUCGGAAGGAGAAAGCGACGCGGACAGCGAAUGCAGCGGGCGGGUGCACGCUUUUCAUCCGCCCGCCCAACUGACCUGUGCACGCCCAUCUGCGCCGACGAUCUUCCUGGCGACCCAGUCCCGGCGCGGCACUGGUGCCCCCGUUUCUAUACCAACGCGACGUUACACAAGGUCAACGCCGCAAAAAAAGCGGCGCAUACGCACGAUAACACCGACGCGUGAAUUACUACUGUCGUGUAACUGCGACGAGAAUUCGUUAACAAUAACAAAGUGA